AUGUUGACUCUUGGACUCGGGCAGUUGUUCUAUGUAUUACUCUGCUUUAUUAACGCUAUAGCAGUCUUGAGUGAAGAGAGAUUCUUGGCCAGAAUUGGAUGGACAGCACAACCAGAAGCUGGUUUCGGCAACGAACAGGGACAAUCUAUCAAAUACAAAAUCAUCAACUUAAUAUCUGCAGUGAGAACACUCAUGAGAAUUCCCUUAAUUGGUAUUAAUAUCGUGGUUAUUAUAUAUGAACUUUUGCUUGGAUAA